UUAGCAAGUUAGCAAGAAUAGCAACCACAAGACUACAAGAGAUUGUCAUCUUUCUUUCUGGGUUCAAAGAUCCCUCCUUGAAAGAAAGAAGUGGGUCAUUUUGACUCAUUUCCCCAAAUAAAACAAUGUCUACAAUUGCCAUUAGCACACCUUCAAGCUCAAUCCCAGGUCCCCGAAUUUGUUUGAGUGGCGACGCCCAAUUGAUGAUCUUCAGGGCCACAUCAUAUUCAAAUUCAAAAUCAUAUUCAAAAUUGAAUUGUAAAUUGAGCAGAAAAUGUCUGAGAUCAAAACCACCGAAUCAACUCCUCUUCAAAAUCCCAAUCAACACUUCCUCAAAGUCCUCUUCAAAACGCCUUUUCCGGCCUGUCAUGGAGUCACAAGAUUGCACGGUCAAGAUGGAAGUUGAUGUGCCUGUUUCUGUAGCAUACGAUUGUUACUUAGAUCGUGAAGCCAUACCUAAGUGGAUGCCUUUCAUUUCAACAGUUAAGGUCUUGGAAGAUAAGCCUGAUCAAUCAAGAUGGACGCUAAAAUAUAAAGCAUUUGGCCGUGAUAUUGAGUUCUCUUGGCUUGCUCGAAAUCUACAGCCUAUCCCAAACCAGAAAAUUCAUUGGAGAUCUCUAGAAGGUCUUCCAAACAGUGGUGCUGUUCGAUUUUACCCAAGAGGUACUUCAUCAUGUCUUGUAGAACUGACAGUGUCAUAUGAAGUUCCUCAACUUCUAGCGCCUGUAGCAUCGCUGAUUGUGAAUACUUGCAGGCACUUCAACCUUUUCUUCAAAGCCUGCUUCUGCGAGGUUUGGAAAGGUUUUCAAAAUAUGCGAAAAGCUGUCAACCAGAGUCAACCAACUAAUCCCUGUGAAGAUCAUAUUUUUAAUUCUAACAGGAAGAUCAUUUUUCAGUCCACAAUCACCUGGGUUGUUACUGGUUGUUGCAGCUUUAUUGUAAAGUGGUUCUUCAGGAGCUGCAACCAACAAGAAGCGAAACCUUGGUGUGUAAAUGGUUGUGAGUGGCGUCUUCUAAUGGAUGGGAUUGUAUGUAACCUAUUUGUAAUUAAGUUGGUAAAUUGAACAUUGGUCCCAAUACCCCUGCAUUUUUUGUUCUUAUUUACUCUCUUGAUCUUGGUAAAUUCAAUUGGCCGAUGUGUUUUUAAGGCGGUAAUUUCAGUAAGUACUUAGUACUCAUACUAUUAA